AUGGGUGCCGGAAGUCCACCCCCCGGCAGCCUUUGCCCGAGAGGGCCGCCCCUGAUUGGCUCAGGGGAUCCGGGCGCUCUGCCUUUCCCCCGCCCGGGCGCAGUCAUUGGACGCGCGCUCCCGGGGACGGAAGCAGCGACUCUGCAGCACAUGGCGGCCGCGGAGGAGUCGGGGAGGCCCGGGGAGGCCCAGGCCCCCGGAGGUGGCGGCGGCGCGGCCCUGGCGCUGGAGGAGCUGCUGCCCUUCCUGCGGGCCGAGAGCCGUCCGGAGCUGCGGCGGGAGGCGGCGCGGGGGCACCACGAAUGGCUGCUGAGUGACCAAGUGGACCUGCUGCCCUCCCUGCUGCUCCCGCUGGCUGGUCCCGAGGAGUUUCCAGAGGAUGAGAUGGAAAAGCUGCCCUUGGACCUGCAGUACUUGCCGCCGGAGAAGGGGCGGGAGCCGGACCCGGAGAUCCGGAAGUUGCUCCUCGAGGCCCUCCUGCUGCUCACCGCCACGAAGCCGGGGCGGCUGCUGGUGCGGGAGAGGGGCACCUACUUUAUCCUGCGGGAGCUGCACAAGUGGGAGGCGGACCCCGGGGUCCUGGCGGCCUGUGAGAAGCUGAUACAGGUUCUGAUCGGCGACGAGCCAGAACCUGGGAUGGAAAACCUGCUGGAGGUGGAGAUCCCUGCGGAAGUCGAGGAGCAGCUGCAGCGUCUGGAUCGGGGGGAGGAGGAGGAGCAGCAGCAGCGUGAGCAGCCUGCCCCUGGCUCACAGUCCCCGCAGGGAUAAGAGGCCUUGCCUCCCCGGAGCCACAGGCCCAGCUGUCUCCCCGCCGACUCCCUGCUGGGCUACUCAGACUGGAGGAACUCUCGCCCUCUUGCCGCCGUGGUCUGUCGGGCAGAACGUCCCGCGUGGCACUUCCCCCAGCGGCUGCGCGUGAGCGGUGGGACUGCAGCAGACCUCAUUUCGGAGCGGGACCCCAAAGGGGUCGAGUCCUCCUGUCUGACUAAGAAGCGAGACGGCUGGCUGGCUUUUCCUGGCGUUUUGGUGCCGAGGCCGGCGUAGUGGGAGGUGCAGAGGGUGCCAGCAGGGGUGGGGGGGAGGGCUGCCCUGCAUUCUCUCGUCCCGGGCACUGCGAGGAGCAGAGUCAAGCGGCGGGAUUUGCAGGUCGGGGACCUGAGAGAGUGCGGGGCCUCCUGAAUGGCUGGUGGGCCCUUCUCCUUGGGUGACCUGUGGAGGGCUGGAGGACCCAGGAAAAGGGACAGCUGUGCCCGUUGGCCCACGCUUGCCUCCCCAC